GCCCGAGACGUCCCGGCUUGCUCAUUGCCCGGCCGCCACCGGCCGUCCGGCGACCAGCGAGCCGGGCGCGGGGCCGCCCCUGGGGGCGCGGGCGCAGGUGGCCCGGGCGCCGCACUCUUGGCGCCCGGCGGAGCUCCGGGACCCUGGAGCUGCGGCUCUCGGCGGGUCGAUCGAAGAUCGAUAGCCGCGUUGGGCAGCAGCAUGUCUCGGCUGGCCGAGGCUCCGCCAGCCUCUCGGGCGCCGGUCCGAAGGGGUUCGGCCGGCGGCGCGGCGGCGGGAGCCCGGGCGCAGUAGCCGGGAGGGCGGGCGCGCGGACGGGCACUGCGCCCCCCACCCUCGAGACCCAAGUGCGGCCCCGGCGGGACAAGUUGCGCCGAGGCGACAGCUGGGCUGUAGGGCCGCUGGCCCGCCAUGCCGGCGGUCAAGAAGGAGCUCCCCGGCCGCGAAGACCUGGCCCUGGCUCUGGCCACCUUCCACCCGAACCUGGCCGCGCUGCCCCUGCCGCCGCUGCCCGGCUACCUGGCACCGCUGCCCGCCACGGCCGCGCUACCCCCGGCUGCCUCGCUGCCCGCGGCCACCGCCGGCUACGAGGCGCUGCUGGCCCCGCCGUUCCGUGCCGCGCGCGCCUACCUGAGCCUGCACGAGGCCGCCCCGCACCUCCACCUGCCCCGGGACCCGUUGGCCCUCGAGCGCUUCUCGGCCCCCGCCGCCGCCGCCCCGGACUUCCAGCCGCUGCUGGACAACGGCGAGCCUUGCAUCGAGGUGGAGUGCGGCGCCAAUCGCGCGCUGCUCUACGUGCGCAAACUCUGCCAGGGCAGCAAGGGGCCGUCCAUCCGCCACCGCGGCGAGUGGCUCACACCCAACGAGUUCCAGUUCGUCAGUGGCCGCGAGACCGCCAAGGACUGGAAGCGCAGCAUCCGCCACAAAGGGAAAAGUCUCAAGACGCUUAUGUCCAAGGGGAUUCUGCAGGUGCACCCUCCGAUCUGCGACUGCCCGGGCUGUCGAAUAUCGUCCCCGGUGAACCGGGGUCGACUGGCAGAUAAGAGGACAGUUGCCCUGCCUCCUGCUCGGGCCCUGAAGAAAGAAUUGCCCCCCGGUGAUGGUGACAGUGAUGGCAGCGGCCUGGCCUGUGGGCGGCUGGGCUUGAAGCAGGAGGGCCCACAUGUCCGUAUCAUGAAGAGAAGAGUCCACACCCACUGGGAUGUGAACAUCUCCUUCCGAGAAACUUCCUGCAGCCAGGACAGCCACCUUCCCACCCUCAUCUCCAGCCUGCACCGCAGCCGCCUCGUUAUGCCUGAGCACCAGAGUCGCUGUGAAUUCCAGAGAAGCGGUGUGGAGAUCAGCCUUGGAGCAUCAGGUGACCUGCUGGGCAAGAGGCUGGCCCGCUCCCCCGCCAGCAGUGGCUGCCCUUUGGAGAAGAAGGCCCGAAGCGAGUCCCCCCAAGAGACUCUGCUGCUGCCAGAACUAGGCCCUGGCAUGGCCCCCGAGGAGCACUACCGCCGGCUCAUGUCUGCCCUGAGUGAGGCAGGACCCUUGGAGGACCAACGGCUCUACCAUCUGGGCACCCCCAGUCACGAUCUCCUGAGGGUCCGGCAGGAGGCGGCGGCCACAGCGGCGAGGAGCCCCGGCGGCCUGGACGUGCACCUGCCCUCGGCGGGCGGCCAGCGCCGCAAGCCGGGCCUGGGCCCGCUCCGGGAGAGCGGCGCGCCCGCCCUGGGCCCCGCCUUCCCCGAAAGGGAGCUGUCGCAGCCGCCCCCGCUGCUGCCGCCGCCGCCGCAGAAUGCCCCGCACGUGGCCCUGGGCCCCCACCUCAGGCCCCCCUUCCUGGGGGUGCCCUCGGCGCUCUGCCAGAGCCCCGGCUUCAGCUUCCUGCCGCCCGCGCCGGCCGACGCGCUGGCCCGCCAGCAGGAGCUCCUGCGGAAGCAGAACCUGGCGCGGCUGGAGCUGUCCGCGGAGAUGCUGCGCCACAAGGGACUGGAGAGCGCCCAGCGCCCGCCGCCGCCCGCACCCGAGGCCGCGCCGUGCCCGCCCGAUGGCCCCGAGGACCUGCCGCGGCGCGGGGCCAUGCUGGUGCUGAGGCACAGCUCGGCGCCGCUCCUGGCCCUGCCCCCCCAGGGCUCCCCCACCCCGCCCCGCGAGCCUGCCCGCAGGGCCCCUCGCAAGGGCAUCUCCACCCCAGCCUCGGCCCGGCCUGGCGAGCCCAAGGAGAAGGCAGAGGUGGGGCCCUGGACGCCAGAAGGCCCUGAAGAGGAGCCCCCUAAGGACUCAGAUGGGGAGGAUCAGGAACCAGAGGAGUCGGUGGCUGCGGGGGGCCGGGCCCCAAGCGGAGGAGGGGCCAGCUCCGAGGGGAAGGGGCUUCUCUCAGGACCCUUGCUGCCUCCACCACUGCCCCUGGGCUUCCCCUACGCGGUCAGCCCGUAUUUACACACAGGUGCAAUGGGGGGGCUCUUGAUGGACGGAGAGUCAGCCACCGGCCCCGAGGACGUCAGCAAGUGGACAGUAGAUGAUGUUUGCAGUUUCGUGGGGGGCUUGUCUGGCUGUGGAGAAUAUGCGCCGGUCUUCAGAGAACAGGGAAUCGACGGGCAGGCACUGCCCCUGCUGACAGAGGAACACCUCCUGACCACCAUGGGGCUCAAGCUGGGGCCUGCACUCAAGAUCCGGGCCCAGGUAAGCGCCAGUUGGGGUGUGGGGCUGGGGGCUGCCCACUCACCCCUGGCAGGCUCUGCAUCUGGGCCCGCAUCUCUGCAGGUGGCCAAGCGUCUGGGACGCAUCUUUUACAUGGCCAGCUUCCCCGUGGCUCUGCCGCUGCAGCCACCCUCGCUCCAUGCUCCUGAGCGGGGCCUCGCCUCUGGGGAACAGCCCUUGUCCCCAGCAGUGGCCACUUCGCCCUAUGGAACAGGGCACACGCCUGCAGGCCAAGCCUCACCCAAACAAGGAAAUGGGACCCUGGCUCUACUGCCGGGGCCUGCUGACCCCUCCCAGCCUCUGUGCUGAGGCCACAGGUGGGAUACCCUGCCUUCACCCCAGCCCCUCACAGCGCCCGACACAGGUGGGACACGUCACUCAAGAGCAAAGACUCAAGAAGGUGACCUGUGCAGAUGGUCAGGGGCAGUACAGACAAACCAAAGAUGAAGAAGGGUCAGUGAUGUCUCUGGACUUCUUAACUGGGAACUGCUCUUGUGGACGCCAAAAGCACCCUGAACUGGGGCAAGGUGUCGGAGAGGCCUCUGCAGGGGUGGGGUGGGGUUUCUGGCCCACCUGCAUGGGUCAGUGCCCACUCCCGUCCUCACAGCCAC